CCAUUCUUGUCGGAAUAAGAAACAAGACAACUUUCCCAAAGAUAUCUAUUUAAUUAACCAAACCACUAAUUAUUGUUAUGAAUGUGCUUUGUUUACGAUGAAUAAUAUAGACAACAAGCCAGAAAUUGGCGGAAUUAACAAGCAUGAGCAAAUUAAUGAAUUGGAUGAACAUUGGAUGACUAAUGAGGAAACCAAACAAGCCUUCUGUGGUGAAUGUUUCUUAAAAGUAGCCAAAGUCAAAGGCAAUGUUAAAUUGGCUCAAGCUGAUAACACUCACGAAGGAGAAGAAAUAUCCGAAAAGAAUGAAUAUCCUAAAGAAGAAAGAAAAGACAUUAAAGAGCUAAAUAUUAGCAGAAAAAACUUAGAAGGCAACUUAGAACUAAGUGAUUUUAUAAAUUUGGAAAGAUUGGAUUGCUAUGACAACAAAUUAACUGGUCUAAAUGUAAAUGGUUUAGAUAAGUUAAGAGUAGUUGUUUGUUUUGAUAAUAAUCUUGCUGAUUUACAACUAAAUGAUUGUUUUGGUAUUGUUUCAUUAAAUGCUUCUGGAAAUAAUUUUGUUGAAAUUAAUCUUUCUGGUUUAGUUGGUGAGAAAUUAACCUAUGUUUGGUUUAAAAAUAAUCCCCUAAAGGGUAAUUUAAGCAUUUUUAGCAGAUUUAGUAAUUUGGAAAAAUUAUAUCUUGAUAAUACUUUUUUUAGCGGCUCCUUGGAAACUUUGCAUGAUUGUUCUAAAUUACGAGAGUUAAGUAUUAGCAAUACCAACAUUGAUAGUGGUUUAGAAUAUUUGCCUGAUAGUAUUGAAGAUUUUGCUUGUUCAGUUGAUAAAAGACCAGAAGCUAAAGUAAAAGCUAUUUAUGAUUUAUUUGCUAGUGAGCAAGGAAUAACGGAAGAGACAGAGUACGGAAGAAUAAAAGAUUUUGCUAAAAAAAUUAAAGUUAUUAAAAACAAAGCCAAAGAAAAAGCACACAUCAUUCUCAAGAGUGAAUUACGAAUUAAAGAACAACAAGAAGUACAAAUUGCCGAUCAGUCUGCUAAAAUUCAAGAACUGGAACAGGAACAGAAUAAACUAAAACAGCUUUCUGCUCUUCUUUUGCCUCAUCAAACCUAUAAUUUUUCUGUUCUUGAAGCAGAAAUCAAAAGGCUAAAAAUUCAAGAGUUAGCUCCACAGAAAACCGGAACUAGUUUAGAAAAAACAAUUGACUUACUACUAGAAGCUCAUCAGCAAAGCGAACAGGCAACGCAAAUUUACCUCCAGGAUAAACUAAGUGGUAAAAUCGAAGCUUAUCAGAGUAUUCUUGAAGACAGUUUAACCAAAGAGGAAAUGCAAACUCUUCUAAAUAGGCAAACUGAACUGCUAAAAUUAGAAAAUCAUUUGUCCAGUUUGCAACAAAGCCUAGAACAAACCGCCCAAAUCCAACAAACUGAAUUACCAAAACCUUUUAACAAUUAA